GUACAAUUGUCACGUGUUGAGUAAUUGUGGUGCAUGACCCAUAAUUCCCUUGUUUCAGGUUUUAAGGGGGUUAGAAAAAAUCACAUCAUAUCAUAGUCCCUUCAUGGCUCCCUACCAUCUCCAAGACGCUCUAUACUGCUCAGAGGAAGAGGAUGAAUUAGAACAAGAUGAGGGUUCCGGGUUGGUAGAAGGGGACAUGUUUUGGGAUGAUGAGGAGCUUGCGUGGAUGCUGGCCAGGGAAGAACAACACACAACACACACCCCUCUCUGCUUCCAAUUGGAGUCUGCUCGCAGAGAGGCGGUGGAGUGGAUACUCAAAGUCAGCUCACAUUACUCCUUCUCUCCUCUCACUUCUCUUCUUGCCGCCAACUACCUUCACAGGUUCCUCUUCACUUUCUCCUCCAUUAACAAUCUCAAUAAGCCAUGGAUGACUCAGCUGGCUGCCGUCGCUUCUCUCUCACUCGCUGCCAAGCUUGAAGAGACUCAUCUCCCCCACUUACUAGACCUCCAAGUGGAGGAUUGCAGAUACGUGUUCGAAGCCAAAACCAUCAAAAGGAUGGAGAUUUUGGUGCUUUCAACUCUCCGAUGGAAGAUGAAUCCCGUCACUCCUCUCUCUUUUCUCGACUAUAUCACACGAAGACUUGGAUUAUUCAACUCCAACGACUUCCUCACCAGAUCCCAAUCCCUUCUUCUAUCUACCCUUCCAGAUAGCAGGUUCAUGAGUUACCUUCCUUCUGUGGUGGCAACUGCCACAAUGAUGCACGUGUUGAAUGGCGUGGAGCAGCGAAACCAGGUGGUACGCAUUCUCGGAACGAAGAAAGAGAAGGUGGAUGAAUGCUUGAAGCUGAUAUGGGAACAGGGGAACAAGAAACGCAAGUUUGGAUGGGUUCCAGAUAGUCCAAACGGCGUCAUGGAUGUGUCGUUUACCUCUGCCUCUGAUGAUAGCUCCAAUGAUUCAUGGCCUCUACUACUUGCUAAUAAUAAUAAUAAUAACAACAAUGUUUCUUCCCUCUCAUCCUCACCGGAACCUAAGAAGAAUAGGACUCUACUAAACCCUCCCAACUCAUCCCAUUUCAUUUAGCACUUCUUUAAUUACUCUUCUUCUAUAUAAUUACUUUCUGUAGUAAUAAUUAACCACGUACCAUCUUUCUAA